UAGGUGGAAAUACUCAUAGAAAACGACAUUUGACCCGACAAAGGAGACAGCUGGCGUGAGACAUAGGAACUAAAGAGACAAACAAUGGCUGGUAGGGAUGAAAUCUUAGCCAAUUUUCAGGCAUGUUCUGGUAUUGAAGAUGUGGGGGAAGCCUUUAUGCACCUGGAGGCAGCCAACUGGAACCUGCUGGAGGCACUGCAGGUUGUUAUGCCACAGGAGGGCACACCAGCCACACCUCUGCCCCCUCCACCACUACAGUCUGUAUCUCAGCCAGAAGUAAUAAGCGUUGACUCAUCGCCAGAGCUCCACUUGCCUCCUCCCAUACCUCCACUACCGGCAGCCAUCCCUUCCACCUCUGCUGCCUCACUGCCAUCUUCCUCAAACACAUCUGCUGUUCUGGAUGUUAAUAUACAGGUUUUGUGUGGGGGUGCGUCCGAGGGGAGCACUUUCCCGCUAGAGUUGCCGAGCUCAACUUCUGUAAGUGAAUUGCGCACAAUGCUGCACCAGCUUGUUGGCAUUACCCCCUGUAGCCAGAUUUUAGAAGGCUUUAAGACACCAGUAGAAGACAGCACAGUGAUCACGGCAGCGCUUCUGCCUGAGUCCCGGACACUCACACUCAAUGCUCAGUCCUCAGUCACUUUUGAUAACUACUAUGAAAGAAUUAAUGGAGCUCUUGGGGACGAGUAUCUAUUACUGAUCCACGACGAAUCAAACAGCAAAGACUACAACCUUCGGUUUCCCGGCAGCAAGAGAAUCAAAGAAAUUAAAAGUGACAUUCAUGACCUGACAAACAUCGCUGUUCGAUAUCAACAAUGGACAGGCUGGCCGCCGAACACCGACCAAGAAAAUGCAACGUUAGCUUCCUCGGGAAUCAGUAAGCAGCACCACCUCACAGUACGGAAGGCAGUGAAAGAACGUACACCCAAAGCUCAAAGAAAGACGUUAAUGGAGACCGGGGAAGAGAACAGCUCAGGCGACGAAUUCCUGGACGCCUCGGAACUUUUAAAUGACGACGAUGACUUCUUGGACAUGAUGGAUGUUCCUGCAGUUAAAAAGGCACAGACAUUGAUACCAGCAGACGUGGACGAUGAGGUGAUGGGGGUCAUGCACUUUUCCGAGGAGUUUCGUAACCGGUAUGGAAGCUGUGUCCCCAUGUUCUAUCAAGGAUCGCUGGAAGACGCCUUGAAGGAAUCAGUUCAACUUCCAGCAAAAAAUAGAAAAUUGCUAGCAGUGUACUUACAUCAUGAUGGCAGUGUCCUCUCCAAUGUCUUCUGCUCACAAGCUCUUUGCCAGAUAUCUGUUGUUGACUACUUAUCGGCAAACUUUGUCGUGUGGGGCUGGGAUCUAACGCAUGAAGCAAAUAAAGCCAGGUUAUUAAAUUUAGUCACAACCCAUUUUGGGUCGAUGGCCUCCUCAACAGUAAGAAGUUUUAGUGUAGACAAACUGCCAGCGCUGUUGGUGAUCACACGCACAAGAGGAACCAUUGAGGUGCUUUCAGUUAUUCACGGUAAUGGAGUUCUAGACGAGGUAAUGACGGCUCUCCUGCACGCGACGGAGAUGUUCGAGGAACAGAGAGCCACAGAAGUGCAGGAGGAAGAAGCCAGAGAAGUACGGGAGGCUGUGAAAGCUGAACAAGACGCCGCCUACAUGGAGUCCUUAAAAGCAGACAGAGCAAAGGCAGCAGCAAAGAAGCAGGCAGAGAUGGAAGAAAAACAAGAGAGGGAAAGAGUAGAAUCAAUCAAGCAACAAGAGGAGGCCAUCAAAGAGGCUGUCAGAGCAUCACUUGAAACUGAUAUACCUCAAGAGCCCAGUUCAGACUGCCCAUACCCCGUGGCCACAUUACGUUUCCGCAUCCCUGGCGGUGAAACUUUCAGUCGAAAUUUCCUAGCGAAUACGACCCUCCAGGUGCUGCUCAACUUCCUGCAUGUGAAGGGUUAUCCUGCUGAUGAGUACAAGUGUCUUCAGUCUUGGCCACGGAGAGAUGUGAGUGCAUUAGAUGUCUCCAAGACGUUAAUGGACUACAAGCUGUACCCCCAGGAGACCCUUAACAUAGAGGAACGAUGAGAGGUGAUGUAAGGUGUAUGUGUCCUGGGCAUGUGUGGUGGGUGAGCUGCAGCAGUCUACCACCACUGUCACCUGUGAUUAUGUUUAAGACAGAUCCUAGGCCACUUAUAAAAACAUCCUAGUGAAGUAUCCAAGUAUUAUGUUGUAAAGUUGGACACUGGAAUAGGAUAUUACUUUAUAUACCUACUAGCCAAGGGUGGACUUGACAGAAAACUUAAAAAAAAAAAAAACUACAAGAAAAUUUUGCUGCAAUAUUUGGAUGGAUCUCAUUGGACAGAUCUAAGAAGACUCUCAGUGUAGUAUUAAAUUAUUGAAAAUUCUGUCAUAACUGUUUACUCUUAAAGUUUUUUUUUACAAAGUAGUUAUAUAUAAUUAUGAAAAUUAAGCCCUGAUUUGUAAGGGUAAUGAACACAUGCAUCAGGAGCCUAUAUUUUACAGUGGCAGUACACAGUGUGGAGUCACCAAUCACAAAGAAAAUGAUGAUAGAAAUAUAAGAGGAAAGUGUUCUUUGAUUCCAGUCAUUUUAGUUUAGGAUACAAAUGACACACACACAUCCCCAUUAUCAAAUUAUUUAACUAGAAUCUGUUGUCUCAAAGGUGUAAGAAUAUUUCAUGUUUUAGAGAGUAAGAUAUUUUUUCCUUUUAUCAUUUAUUUGCACACAACCACAAGCAAUGUGUGAGAGGAACCAGUUGAUAUUUUAGAGUGAUAUGUAUAAGGAUAACACAGUAAUGCUCAUUGCAUGCGAAGUGUUAACUAAUAGUUGAUGCUCUUAACACAUGUAAUGUUGCCUGCCACCUACAUAGACCUGGAAGUGGACAAUCUACAGUACUUCAAGGAAAUUCUCAACCCAGCUGGCCAGAGAAAUACACGUCCCUUCAUCUUCAACAGAAGGUGGACACCGUAUAAACACAUGCUCAUUUAUACAACAAAACUAACUGUGACACCAAAAUUUUGAAUGUAUGCAAUCUUUUUAUUGCAAUAAAAUUAUAUAAUGUUAAACUUUUUUUAAAAAUGAAACUUGAACAGUGUGACAUAUUUAAUAUCACAAUUUUUAUUUAUUUUUUUUUUUAUUAGUAUUAUUUUUUUUUAGGAUUUCAUAAAGGAAAUAAUGCCACUCCUUGUUUUUGAUUUCUGGGGUAAUUUUUAUACAUCCACAAAGAGUAUUUAAUGGUACAGUAUAGAAUUUGUUUGUUUUUCUGUAUUUGUUAACAUUUUGAUUUCUGAAAUGUACCUUGAGUGUCUGUGCACCUGUUAUCGGGAUAUUACUGUACCUUAGGUAUUUAACCCCCUGAGAAAAAGAGGAAAUUUACCUUUGAAUCUAAGUUUAUUGGGUCAGACGUCAAGAUGGUCGUUGUUGUUAAAAAAAAUUUAAAUGCAAGUUAUGAAAGGUCGAGUCUCCAUGAAUGUGACAUUUGGUAGGCCCCUUGGUCCCUUUACUUCUUGAGGUUUGGGUCACUGCAUCAAAAGUCGAGGUACUGUACUGUAGUAACCAACUUGGGGGAUCUUCUGCAAGUCAUGUACUGUAUCUGUCUCCUACCACAGGAACCGUGUGUAACAUUAAGCUGUUUCUACCCAUUUUUUUGGAUUAUUGGUUUUUGCACUGUGACUUUUGUUAUUCACACUGUGCCAUCACCGAACUUCAGUAAGGUGCUCUUAGGGGUAGACAAAAGGGUGUGUGUGUGUUUUGGGUUAUAAGUCAGAGGUGGGGGUAAUUGUGACUCAGAAUAAACAUUUGGUUUCUUCAAGAUAAACUGUGCUUGGUAAGAGGCACCGUUGAUAUAUUUGGGUAAUUAUAUACUAUACUGUACCCAUCAGGCUGUAUAGACCCCCCCAAGUGAGGGAGAGACACCUGACUCGAGAAGACCAGGUGUCUGUUGGUAUAUCAUGUUGUGUUUGUGGUCCUCUUAUUCAAGAUGGUAGAUACCUUGGUACAGGAGUCUUUGAUUUAUGAAAGUAUGCAAGUAAAUCACUGUAGGUGCAUGUGAGCCAGGUAUAUGCUGAUAACCAUGAAGGAAAAAGCAAAUACAAAGUUUCCAAGCACUUUCGUCUAUGUCACACGACUCACCCCAAAGAGGUGAAAUACACAAAAGCGCUUGGGAACUUUGUGUUUUCUUUUUUUUCUUAUGUGAUUAUCAGGUUAUAAGAGUACGUAUAUUAAAUUUAGAUUUUUAUAAUAUUACUUUUAUUUUUUAUUUUUUAUUUUAUAUAUAUAUAUAUAUAUAUAUAUAUAUAUAUAUAUAUAUAUAUAUAUAUAUAUAUAUAUAUAUAUAUAUAUAUAUAUAUAUAUAUAUAUAUAUAUAUAUAUAUAUAUAUAUAUAUACAAAGAAAGACAAAUAUGGUGAUGUAAGAGGCACUCUGAUGAAACAGAUUUCAAUUUAAUAAGGAAAAGAAGUACAGGAAGUAACACUUGAUUGUUGUGUCUGCCAUAUACUCAGUUACAGCUUGUUAGUUCAGACACCUUCCUCUUUCUCUCAUUUACUUGAAAUUAUAACACAUCAAGAGUGUCAACAUGUUGUUUUAUCAUUUGAGGAUGUUCUUGGGCAAAUCUGAGCCAAUGUGGUAAUGGUGGUGUGGCAGAGGUAAUGUUCCAUCACUGUCAGGUGUGGCGAGAUAUCUUGAACUACCAAGUUUUUAAUGUUUAGUUAAUCAAAUUUAUGUACAGUAUACUGUAUGUCUUAAGGAAUUCAAUACAGUGUUUAGAAAGGAUGUUCUAUGAACCAACCUGAAACAAAUGUAUGUCCUUGAAUUGGCAGGUUAUUUACAUAUUAUUAGUCAUUACCAUGUCUCUCUCUUUUGUACAUUUCAAAACUGAAGUCGUUGAUCCAUGGACAUGUUCUCAAGACACUAAUUGUUGAACCUGUGAAUUAGUUUGAGUUAGCUUUCUCUCUCCCACCCCUCAACAUAUAUCUUUAAAAUGUCCUCCUUCUCAUGUGCAAUUUUGGAAAUGUUAAAUUAGGCUGGGUAUUUUUUUCUCUAGUGUAUUGAAAUAUUAUUAUUAUAAUUACUAUUGAUAAUAUCGAAACAAGUGGUUCAUGGCUUAAGGUGGAGUGACCACAAGGACCUGGUUUGUCUUUUAUUGCAUGUGUUGUGUUAAGUGAUGGCCAGCAUGAGAGGUGGUACCUUAGUGUCCUGUUUGAGAAUGCCGGAAAGGCCUGGCAUUUAAAGAGUUUGCUCCAUAUGAACACCAACACUUAUUACUGUAAUACACUUUACUUUGAUGCAGUACUUUAAGGUUCUGGGGAAAUUUAAAAAGAAAAUUAGCAUGUGAAAAUAACAUAGAGCAAGAUGAUUCAAAGCUUUGUGUAUGUGUGUGUGUGUGUGUUUGGGUAUGGUUGGGUAGAUGGGGUGAUGACCAUAGGCACGGUCAACAGAGAUGAUAAAAUAGAUAGAUGAAUAUUAAAUGGUUUGGUAAUACUGUGCUAGUAAGAGUUACAGAUGCUAUAUUUAUAACAGCUCACACUUGAUGUUUGUAAAUGAUUGUUAAAGGAAUCUCAAGACGACAAACUUGUGCCCCAACCCGGGUGUCUCCUACAUACAAGGGACUCCACCAUUCAUGCCCAACACCACCCUGGUAUACCCAACACCACCCUGGUAUACCCAACACCACCCUGGUAUACCCAACACCACCCUGGUAUACCCAACACCACCCUGGUAUACCCAACACCACCCUGGUAUACCCAACACCACCCUGGUAUACCCAACACCACCCUGGUAUACCCAACACCACCCUGGUAUACCCAACACCACCCUGGUAUACCCAACACCACCCUGGUAUACCCAACACCACCCUGGUAUACCCAACACCACCCUGGUAUACCCAACACCACCCUGGUAUACCCAACACCACCCUGGUACACCCAACACCACCCUGGUAUAAUUAAACAAACAACUAUAAAGGCCUUGAGUUGUAUAGACUCGAGAUACGGCUCUCAGUCCACCAAGCUAGGCCAUACUGUAGUCAAUGUAAUGCAAUCAACAUGGCCCCCAAAUUUCCCCCAUCAUGAAAGGUUAGGUUAAGUGCACAUAUUUUUCAUACAUGUUAUACCAGUACUAUAGAAGUUAUGUCAUUCCAUUCAUGAUAAAGAAUAAUUAAUAUAAUUUCAUAGUUUUACAAAAAUGAGCUUAAAGAAAAAAUGCAUGAAACUUAAUAGAACUUGUUUUUAGAUUAGAGAUAUAAGGAACUUGUCUUGUUAAUGUUCAUGUACAAAACACUAGAUGCCUCACAUGUUGGAAAAAUCCCAAUGAAUCUCAUUCUUUACAAUAAGACAAUGUAAUACAUUAUAUGGCAUCCUGUUCAUAGUUAUCAUGUCUUUACUCUGAAAACUUUUGUCAUUAACCAUCCUCAUGUUUACCACACAUACACUUGUCUAUAAAGUGCUAACUCCA